UAUAAAUAUGAAAAGAUGUCGAUGAUUCAUUUAGUUAUAAAUAACAAAAUGAAUAAACAGGUGACAUUUGUGUCUUUAAUAAUUUGUAUUUUUCGUGUAGCAUCCUACGAUCCUGAUUAUUAUUGGAGGGAUUAUCAUGGGUCAAUCCCUUCCGAUGCCAUUGUGGGUGGUAGAGAUUCAAGAGGUUCUCCCACAUACAUAGGUCAAGCUUUCGUCUUACACCAUGGUAUUUUAAUUGGACAAAUAUAUCCCGGCCAAAAAAGUUUAACAACCUCCAAGGAAAAAAUACACGUUACUGACGUUUACAACAGAAUAUUGUGUAGCGGUCACAAAGAAAAUUUUUCUUGGGUGCCAGGAAACGCUGCAACGUUGCAUUUAACAACCAUUAAUAAGCACUUAGUGUCAGGUGGAACUGAAUGGGGAAAGAUCCUUAACAUUGGUCGUGUCAAAUAUCAAGGCGAAUUAAUUGUGGGGAAAGUCUGUUCCGGAACGAUAGGAAAAGCCAAACUUUAUUUUCCAUAUAAAGGCGAAGAAAUUGAAUGUGACUCAUAUGAAGUGCUUGUUUAUGAAGAAAACCCAAAUAACGUUAUGUCGGUUUAAUCUUAUAUACAAAUUUAAAAAAUGUGGUGCUAUAAUAAGAAAAAAAUUAUAGCCAUAGUACCAGUAGAUAUUUUUUUUCGAAUAAAUGCAUUAAAUAAUUAAAA